AUGUGUGUGUGGGUAGAGAAGAUCCGCUCGAUCCCCAAAGAAUAUCGGGACUUAUGCAAAGUGUUUAGUGAGGAGGAGGCUAAUGAACUGCCGCCUCACCGCAGCACCAACUGCGCCAUCGAGCUGAUUCCAGUUUCCUUUGAGGAGGUGGCUGUGUUUUUCACCGAGGCUGAGUGGGCCCUGCUGGAUCCAGACCAAAGAGAUCUCUACAGGGAAGUCAUGCUGGAGAACUAUGGGAAUGUGGCCUCUCUGGCAGAAGAUGUUGAAGAGCCAGUUGGGGAAUUUCAUGGGUUCCCACUGGAAAAAGCCAAGACUGAACAAGCUGAAGGAAACUUUAGGAACAGAGAUGAAUCACAGAGGCAGGAAGGAAAUUGUACAGCGAAACGGGGAGUUAAGACCAUUCCUUGCCAAGGAAGCAGCUUCCGUGAAAUCCCAGUCUCCAGCCGUCACCAAUGGACUCCUUCAGGAGUGAAACCAUUCAUGUGUUCCAAGAAUGAAAUGACAUUAACCGGUCGAACCAGGAGAAAUGCAUGUUUCCCAAACCACAGUAUAACGAAGGCAUAUAAAUGCCAUUAUUGUGAAAAGUACUUCAGAUACAGAACACAGCUGUUGGUACACCAAAGAAUACACACAGCACAGAAGCGUGUUGAAUUCUCAGAGUGUGGAAAGAUGCUCAGUAUGAAUUCCAGUUUACAAAAGCCACAAAGAACCCACAAACGGCAGAAGACUUUUCAAUGCUCAGAGUGUGGAAAGACAUUCAGUGCAAGUUCCAGUCUUCAAAAGCAUCUAAGAACCCACACAGGGGAGAAACCUUUUGAAUGCUCAGAGUGUGGAAAGAGAUUCAGUGAGAGGAGGAUUCUUCAACAGCAUCAGAUAACCCACACAGGGGAGAAACCUUUUCAAUGCUCAGAGUGUGGAAAGAGAUUCCACCGCAGUGGCCAUCUUCGACAGCAUCUAAGAACCCACACAGGGGAGAAACCUUUUGAAUGCUCAGAGUGUGGAAGGAGAUUCAGUGUGAAUUCCAGUCUUCAAGAGCAUCUAAGAACCCACAGAGGGGAGAAACCGUUUGAAUGCUCAGAGUGUGGAAAGAGAUUCAGUCAGCGUGGCGGUCUUCAGUAUCAUCAAAAAACUCACAGAGGGGAGAAACCUGUUGAAUGCUCAGAGUGUGGAAAGAGAUUCAGUCAGAAUAGUACUCUUCAACAGCAUCAGAGAAUCCACACAGGGGAGAAACCGUUUGAAUGCUCAGAGUGUGGGAAGAGAUUCAGUUGGAGUGCCACUCUUCAGCAGCAUCAUAGAACUCACACAGGGGAGAAACCUUUUGAAUGUUCAGAGUGUGGGAAGAAAUUCAGUCAGCGUGGUGGUCUUCAGUAUCAUCAAAGAACCCACACAAGGGAGAAACCUUUUGAAUGCUCAGAGAGUGGAAAGACAUUCAGUGCAAGUUCCAGUCUUCAAAAGCAUCUAAGAACUCACACAGGGGAGAAACAUUUUGAAUGCUCAGAGUGUGGAAAGAGAUUCAGUGAGAGGAGGAUUCUUCAACAGCAUCAGAUAACCCACACAGGGGAGAAACCUUUUCAAUGCUCAGAGUGUGGAAAGAGAUUCCACCGCAGUGGCCAUCUUCGACAGCAUCUAAGAACCCACACAGGGGAGAAACCUUUUGAAUGCUCAGAGUGUGGAAGGAGAUUCAGUGUGAAUUCCAGUCUUCAAGAGCAUCUAAGAACCCACAGAGGGGAGAAACCGUUUGAAUGCUCAGAGUGUGGAAAGAGAUUCAGUCAGCGUGGCGGUCUUCAGUAUCAUCAAAAAACUCACAGAGGGGAGAAACCUGUUGAAUGCUCAGAGUGUGGAAAGAGAUUCAGUCAGAAUAGUACUCUUCAACAGCAUCAGAGAAUCCAUACAGGGGAGAAACCGUUUGAAUGCUCAGAGUGUGGCAAGAAAUUCAGUCAGAAUAAUACUCUUCAACGGCAUCAGAGAAUCCACACAGGGGAGAAACCAUUUGAAUGCUCAGAGUGUGGGAAGAGAUUCAGUUGGAGUGCCACUCUUCAGCAGCAUCAUAGAACUCACACAGGGGAGAAACCUUUUGAAUGUUCAGAGUGUGGGAAGAGAUUCAGUCAGCGUGGUGGUCUUCAGUAUCAUCAAAGAACCCACACAAGGGAGAAACCUUUUGAAUGCUCAGAGAGUGGAAAGACAUUCAGUGCAAGUUCCAGUCUUCAAAAGCAUCUAAGAACUCACACAGGGGAGAAACAUUUUGAAUGCUCAGAGUGUGGAAAGAGAUUCAGUGAGAGGAGUUCUCUUCAACAGCAUCAGAUAACCCACACAGGGGAGAAACCUUUUCAAUGCUCAGAGUGUAGAAAGAGAUUCAGUCAGCGUGGCAAUCUUCAGAAGCAUUUAAGAACCCACACAGGGGAGAAACCUUUUGAAUGCUCAGAGUGUGGAAGGCGAUUCAGUGUGAAUUUCAAUCUUCAAGAGCAUCUAAGAACCCACAGAGGGGAGAAACCUUUUGAAUGCUCAGAGUGUAGAAAGAGAUUCAGUCAGCGUGGCAAUCUUCAGAAGCAUUUAAGAACUCACACAGGGGAGAAACCUUUUGAAUGUUCAGAGUGUGGGAAGAGAUUCAGUCAGCGUGGCGGUCUUCAGUGUCAUCAAAGAACUCACAGAGGGGAGAAACCUGUUGAAUGCUCAGAGUGUGGAAAGAGAUUCAGUCAGAAUAGUACUCUUCAACAGCAUCAGAGAAUCCAUACAGGGGAGAAACCGUUUGAAUGCUCAGAGUGUGGCAAGAGAUUCAGACAGAAUAGUAUUCUUCAAUGGCAUCAGAGAAUCCACACAGGGGAGAAACCGUUUGAAUGCUCAGAGUGUGGAAAGAGAUUCAGUCGGAGCAGCAAUCUUCAACAGCAUCAAAGAACCCACACAGGGGAGAAACCAUUUGAAUGCUCAGAGUGUGGCAAGAGAUUCAGUCACAGUGGCACACUUCAGAAUCAUUUAACAACCCACACAGGGGAGAAACCUUUUGAAUGUUCAGAGUGUGGGAAGAGAUUCAGUCAGCGUGGUGGUCUUCAGUAUCAUCAAAGAACCCACACAAGGGAGAAACCUUUUGAAUGCUCAGAGUGUGGGAAGAGAUUUAAUGUGAAUACCAGUCUUCAGUAUCAUCAAAGAACUCAC